UUAUUUUUCUCGCUGUCUUCGUGUGCAGCACUGGCUCUAUAAUAUCUCUUAAUUACACCUCCUUUCUCCCUCAAUAGCCAAAUUUAUACAUGUCCUCAUUCGAACCUCUUUGUAUCGCCUCGGAUGGAUCAAGCCUAUACGGCCAUGCUCUGACUGCCAACAGUGUCGUCUUAGCUAAAUCUAAUCCUUAUCCAGCCAGCCUGAGCGAUCUCCGCUUAUGGACAGUCAUAUCGAUUACACCCCAGGACAAACUAUAUUAUCUUACAGGCACAACCUCCUCUAAGGGUUUUGUCUGCCAUGUUGAUAAACAAGGCGUCUAUUCCGUUCUAUCAACUUCUUCGAAAUAUGCUAAAGAUGAUGAGACAAGGAGUAGGCCUCGUGGCUAUCAAUACAAUCCUGUGAAUGGUGGCACCUGGAACAACCUUGAUGUAUCAGAUGGCUACAAGUGGUCCAGUCCUUAUGACAGCGUUAUCGGGUCAGCUGAAGGAGUGAUGAUGCAGUUCUAUAGCACCGACAUCAUAGACAGGAGUAUUACUGUCUUCAACAUGGAUAGUAGAAAGUUUGAGCAGCAAAACAGUACCUGGUACUUGCCUAGUUCUGGCAGGCCUAAAGUUUAUGCAGGAGCCAACGACAACUUGUAUGUGCUCACAGAGGAUUCCUCAGUGCUCAUCAACGUCUUGCCAUUGAAAAGUUCAGGCGCUGCUCCUAACAAUACCACCAUCACAUCCAUCCCGACUCCAGCAAAACUGUCUGAAUGUUCUUUUUCUACGGGUGCGAGAAGCGCUGUUGUUGGAGAAAAUUAUUAUCUGUUUUGGUCUGGACGUGAGAAUUACCUAUUCACAACCGGUCACGGUGGAAAUGGCAAUGUCGUUGUUGCCAAUACCUCUAUCUCUAGUCCCGACUCAUUCUUCCUAUUGCUAAUCAAAAUGGCGAGGCUCCAACUUGGGCAUUCUUGAAUGAUCGCCGAGGUAUUUAUGUUCUCACCUUAUCAGGGCCAAAUGCUGGUGCAUGGCAGCGGAUACCCUAUAAGCUGAAUGCCACUGGAUUGCCAGAUGAUGGCUCUAGAAGUCACGACUUCUCAACAGGCAUUAAACUCUCUAUAAUAAUCCCCGUCGUCGUCAGUUCUGUGGCAUUGUUGAUCACUUGCUGCUCAUUCUUUAGAAGGUGUCGAGCUCAUAGAAAGAGCAAACAGGGGGGAAUUGUUGAAGUGGUAUCGACUUACCCGUCUGGCGAAC